CGGAAAAAAUUCAUCACCAACACGACAUUGCUGCCAUUCUUCAUCCAUGCCAGUAUUAUCUCGUCCCAGAACGUCUCUUAUCUCAUUGUCCGCUACAGAAGUCGUCAUUGCGCCUUCUAUCCCGCCCAGGAAACCCAGUCCAUGGGUUUCAAUUGAUGGACUUUCCAACCGAGCUGGUUCAGAAACCUCCCAACAUCCACUUUCCUCACAAUGUUCCCCCACCAAUCCGCUCGAACUGGAGUUCCGUCCCGUAAUGCUUUACGUGUCCUACGACAGAUAGCUUUAGCUGGAUCGACCAUUGGUGCCAUUGGGGGUUUGUGUGCCGUCGGUACUAUUACCUACGAUAUCCACCGCCGAGUCCAGUUUGCCGAACGCAUUGUCGAGUCCAAGCGAAGUCUCCAGACGUCAUGUCCAAAUUACACUGCUGGGGCAGGAGCUGCAACGGUGGCUCAAAUGAUGGAGGCUGCCGAAGCCGGCGAGUUUCUCGGCCUAGCAUCAUUUAAGAAGAGAGCCGAGCGCCGAAAGCAUGAACUUGCCGAGAGCACUGAUGGGAACUUGGAUGGCGCGGAUAAUAUGGGUUCCCCGGAAUCCCACACAAGAACCAUGGACGAUGGCAUUGGGGCAUCGAACGAAUCCCUCGAGGCUGCCCGUCGAUCUCCAAGUGCGGUGCCAAACCACUCCCUUCGUUCAUCAACACUAGGCCGUUCUCAAGGUUUGGCUCAAGAGCCGUUUCAACCAUCAUUUUUCUUGAACAAAUAUAAACCGAAAUUGAGAAGUGGUAAAGACCUCCGUACGGAUCUAGCCUAUCCCAUGAGCGUUCCGCCUGAAUUUCGAGAAAAAUACCAAAAUUUACCACUGAGCGACCCGACUCUAGCCGUCCAGAGACUUCUCGAUCAUCACUUGUUAGACGAAGCUACUCUAAGGUUCCUACGUGACGUGAAUUCGAAUCGUAAAGGCAACGAGGAAGCGAGAAAUGACAUUGCCAUCCAUCUUUUGUACACAAGUUUGCACAGGAACAGGCUCCACCUCGCACAAAAGCUCUUCUAUUGGUUUGAAGCGAACGAGAAGGUCAGUCCCACGAUAUGGGAGAUUAUGCUAUUGGCAAUGUGGAAAAACGGGAGGUUUGAAUCGCUGGCCACUUUGUACCUGAAAUACGCCAAAGAGUUUGAACUUACCCCAGUUCUAAUGCGGGUGGUACUUAAAUCCCUGAUAAGCUCACACCGGUUGUCUGAGGCUAAAACUGUACUAUACAAAUAUAUCCGACAUGAUACUGAUUGUGGCGCGUCCGGUAUUUAUCUUGGAGGACUGUGGAGCAGAACUCGAAGCAUCGUCCUCAUGGAAACACAAUUUCGGAAAUUGCUAGACACCUUGGCGUCUUGUCGAAUCUCUCCUACAGAAAAGCUUUUCGAUCCCUUGCUGGGCGCAUAUGUCGAGUUUGGAAUGGCCGACAAGGCUGACAUGCUUGUUAGAACUAUGACAGACGAAUACAAUAUUCCGCUCAAGACGCGAACCCUAGGACUCAUUGCAUACGGCAAGGCAGUGAGCUGUGAUUGGGAUGGAGUGAAAGCCACCCUGGCACGGAUGCAUGAACUUGGACUAUCAACAAACAAUCCAUUUAGAUUCACGCAGAUGUUUCACCGCGUUUUCCUUGAGUUUUGGAUUGCAAACUCGGGAGAUAUGAUCUAUCAAUUUGUUUUUGAUGCGAUCAAUACAUAUGGACUGGUUCUUGAUAAACUGCUUUUCGAUCAAAUCAUCAAAGCCUUUAUACAGAAAGGGACUGUGGAAAUGGUGGAGGAAAUUUUACAAACUGUCAAAGAGAAGCGCUGGAAGCUCAAGCUGGAACGACCGUACUUCAUGGAACUUCUCCAGGAAGCGCGUCUAUCUGCCAAGUGCAGCCCCGCUGGCUUAUGGCGAAUGUUCCGUGCGACUGAACAGAAAUAUGGCUACGCUGCCACAUCACGCCAGGUGCUGGGAUAUGAUGCAACGUCCUUCCCAGUCAAUGAAUCGGAAAAGAAGCCCAAUUCAGAAGAAACUGCAGCCAUGUGGCGGCGAGCCAUGUCUAUGCCGGAGUCUUCAAGGCAUAUUAGACAAUUUACACCGUUGCACACACAGAUGAUGUAUUUCAUAAAUGCGGGAAAACCUGAAUUAUCCCUGACUUCGUUCCAGGACGCCAAAAAGUCUGGUAUGGUCAUGAAACACCUACACCUGGAUUUGGCCGUUACUGCCAGCAUUCUACUCCACGGCGAUACACGGGAUGCGAAGGCAAUUCUACAAGAAUUCGACACCAUUCAGCUCCCCGGUAAGCCUGUUACAUCGCAAUUCUUCCAGGCCAUAAUGCGAGCAAGCGAAAUGGACGAGAUAGAAGCAGUUAAAAUGGCAGUCUUGAACUACUACCACAUCCGACAACAGAAACUCAUGCCCGUUAAGCACCACGUGGCAUCCACCAUCGCAGCUCGACUCCUCGAUAUCGGCAAUAAUGAUGCAGUGCUCGAACUGUUCCGGACAAUCAACAAAUCAAAAUACACCGCCUUCGCGCCAUUCGAUCCUGUUGCGAUAAAAUUCAUCGCCCGAGCAUUUUAUCGCACGGGCAACUUCGAGGGUGUUAGAUGGGCGAUAUUUACAGGGCUCAAACGACAUUCCGCAGUCAACCGUGCCCUUUGCGACGAGAUCAGUUUCAUGGUUUCAAAAUCGAAGGAUUACUUCCCCCUGCCAAGCAAAUACACUAGAGAAAGCUUCGAUCGGGAGAUAGAGCAUAUCGCAAAAUUGGCACGGAUUCUACGCCACACAUUCAAGGCUAGGAAGUUCGGGCCAGAUCGCUUUAUUUCGUUCCCGGAAGCCAUUGAAGUACUGAAGGAUAAUAUCCGGGCACCUGAUGCGACCGGUGGCUCUGGUAACGGCUUGGAGAAGGGGCCACGGCUCCAGGGGUAUAAAUUUGAGGACUUACUAUACACGGAUUACAUUGUCAGGAACUGGAAGGAACGGGCGGAAUUGGAGAAAUGUUUCUCGCCGGAUACGGCUGAGGAAGGGGAUUGGAGUGAAAAGGGCGUCUUCGCGGACGGAGCGGAGGAUCCUUUUGGAGAACCAUUGGCGGAGGAAUCAGUGCGGCCGGGUGUCGUAUGAGCCUCCUCUUUUCCUUUUCCUGUAUAUUGUCAGAGUAACUAUCCUGGCGUUGGUAAUGGCCCUUUCUUUUUAUAUAUCUACUCUUUCAUGUCUAUUUUCCUAUGUAUGUACAUGUACUAGUAUGCAAGGUUGCGGGUUUUCUUCUUUUGCCUCUCUUCUCUCUUCUUGUUCUUUAAUGGAGGAACUAGUGGCCGGCUGAGCCUCAUAGCUUCCGCUGCACUGGGCCUGUCAGAAAAUAGCAGGCGGGUGCUUCAACUAACGUACGAUAUGUUGUCACCAGAAAGGCUAGAUUACUUUCCCAUGAUGUGACCCUUCUUAGUUUGAUAUUGCAAUAAAUAAAUGUUCAUAGGC